AUGUGUUACCAAAUACGUGAGGAUCUUCUCGAUCAUGAACGUAGCGCUGCGAGGGAUUUCCGCUUAGUUUGUGAGAACUUACCGCGCUUGAUCGAACCGUUUUUGGAAAGCUCUGGAGUGGUCGUUGAAUUGUCGAAGAAAUUGAAAGAACUGAAAGAGUCCCAAGCUUCUUUUUUGGAGGAGAUCAGCACUGCAGAAAACAUAUCGCAGCUCUCUCAAAGAGUUCUAUGUAUGACUCACAAUGUGCUACCGUCCUAUAAUACACUUUUGGAGCAGUACCCCAUCUACAUUGCAGCACUCGACCAACUUACUAAGAGUAAUGCAGAAUUCCGAACUGAAAUCAGGAAUUUCGAAGAUUCAAGCCAAUGCUACAUUCCACUGAACUGGAUUUUACUAAAAAUUCUUCAUCGCAUAGUAGGCUGGCGACCGAUUCUUACACGACUCGUAGAAUGGCAACUUUCCGAAGGGAUUAACGACGCUGAUUUUGGUCCUGUCCGUGUCGCUCUGGAGAAGAUUGCUCGAUUUGCCGAUAACACACGCAAGCAACGCGAAGCAAUCACGGAAUUCGUCGCGCUGCUACAACUGGAGUUCGACACUGCCACACAGGGUCUUUUGACUCAGCCGAAUAGG